UAGGGUGCUAUUUAGAGAACAAAAGGGCUCUGUUAGAAUUUGUACAAUAAAGAAUGCAGUCCACAAGCCAGCUUGAAUCUUUAUACAUGAUCAAAAAGGAAUGUUGCAAACAGGCCGAAAAAAUACAAAUUCCUUGAUGAUGAAAUAGAUAAAUACAUUUCGUUUGCGGUGUUGGCAAGUAAAUGCUUGAUUCGUAUAAAAGCCAUAUCCCGCUGAGCGCUGAAAUCAAAUAAACGCGGGAUUCAAAUAAAUGCCGGAUUCAAGUAGAUACCGGAUUCAAAUAAAUGCCGGAUUCAAAUAAAUGCCGGAUUCAAGUUGAUACCGGAUUCAAAUAAAUGCCGGAUUCAAAUAAACGCCGAAAAUACUACACAAUUCAAGAAUUCGAUUAAAACUCCAGUUCUCAAAACCAAAUGUGCAUGUAGUCUCACUUUUGUGAUCGUUUACUUUUGUAAAAACUAACUUUAAAUAACCUAUAUACAAUAACAAUAACUAAAAACGCCGGGUUCAGAUACCUAAGCGCCGGAUUCUUAUCAACGCUUGAUUCGAUAUAAUGAAUCGGGCCUUGUCAAAAACUUCGUUUUUUGCAUAAUGCUGCAAUUUUUAUUCUGAUAAAUUUAGUUAAGUCCUAACUGUAUCGCCAUUACUUUAAACUUGCAAGUUAAAAAAGCUAAAAAAUUUUGACAAACUUACCCGAACUCAGCAAAUCCAAUUUUUUAUUGAUAAACAAAAUUACUCGUCAUUAAUCAGUUUUAAUAUCUUUGUUUUCUCCCUUCAUUCAAAAAAUCGUUAGAGACAACUUGGUUGUUAUCAAUCUAUGUCACUUCAAUCUUGAAUUAUAUUAUAAUAUCUUUUUAGGUAUUGUUCCAGCGUUAAGUUUUAUCAGUUGAGGUACCAAAAUGUAUUUCUAGCUGAUAAGAUGCACGGAAAUUUUGCUAUUUCCAAACAUGUUUCGUUUUUAAACAAUCUUUUCAUGGUACAGAAUUUCAAAAUGGCGUUUGCUUAUUCAAUUCCAUUUUAUAUUCAGUUUUCCACACAGUAUUUUGAAGAAUUAUCGUUAUUUGCAGAAGUUGUGAUUUUCCAUUUUUUCAAUCUUCAACCCCAAAUCAUAGAAUGAUAAUUUCGUCUGCCCCCAAAAAAACUAGAAGCAUUAUUUUACUUCUUUUAUGUCGUUAAUUUUUUUAUUUAAUUACAAGUCUUUGAUGUUUACAAAAGUUUUUUCUAAUUACUCAAACCUUUAAGAAACCGGAAACAAAACAACGUAGUCUUUGUAAACAUUUUUUUGCAAUCACAAACUGGAAAAUGCAUCAAAUUUCUCGAUUUUAGUGUUCCUUAUUCAAUUCAAAAUCGUGAUUACGCCCAUUGUGCAGUUUUGUGUAAUUUCAUUAAAAUUACUAUUCGAUCCGCAAUUUUUAUGGGUGUUUAAAUUUAAUAAUGACUUUAAUAAAGGCAUUAUAACGCAUGCCAGAGCUUCUCGUCUAACACACUUCACAGCAUAAAACCUCAAAUAGGCGAUAAAAAUCCCAAGCUAGGAAAUAGAUAUAUAUAUAUAUUUGAAACCUCCUGAAGAGUGAGUUACUCACGAAACAGGCUUGUAGAGAUAAACCAUGUAGUUUUACUUUUUUCAACUAUAUGAUAUAUCACGCUCUACGUGCUAACGUAUUGAGCACUGUGCUACGGAAGUAUCAAAAGACAAAUUUCUAUAUAUACAUAUAUAUGUAUUCAAAAGCUCUAGACUGUAAUGUUUUUUAAAUAUUUAAAUAGAUGAUCAGUAAAAAAACAACUUAAUUAACGUUUCGCAAUAUGCUUCUUCAGAAUAUUUGAAGAAUGAUUCAGAAUAUAUAUAGAAUGCUUCUUUAUUGUUUCUUCAAGUUGUUUUUUUACUGAUCAUCUAUAUAUAUACACCCAGUUGCGGAUCGAAAUAGGCCAAUCAAAAAGAGGUCAUUACAUUGUUCAAGGGUGAAAAAUAUGUCUUAAAAUGAUUAAGUAUGUCUUACAAUAUCUGCUCUUUUAAACUUACGCUUCUCUCUUUUUAUUCCCUUUUUCCAUUUGAUGCUACCAACACGAACGUUCUAUUGGAGCAUUGGAUUCCUUUUGGUUUUCACGAAAUCGACGAGAGCCGAGCGUUGUAUCAAAUAAAAUGGAUUUGCAAAAACUCCACAGCCAACUGCAGUCGAUAUCUGCACAACAUCAGAUGCUCAUCAAAACCCUUAGCAGCAAUGAAGAGGAGGCAAGGAAAGAGAAGAUAAGAAAUGUCCAUGAUGAAGUCACUUCAUUCAAUCGAGAACAGAAACAACUGAUUGAGAAAAUCCGCAAAUCAGUUAAGAUGGAAAAUCUCACCAAGUAUAAAAAUGGAGAAUUUCAGUCAAAGAAAACGAUCAAGAUUAUUCCAGACAAAUCUCCAAAGGCUGCACCAAGCAUAACUAUUAAAGUGCCAAAGCUAGAAAUCAUACAGGAGAAGAAUGCUAAGAAAGAGGAGGAUUUUAAAGUUUGGAAAACCGAAAAGUCAUCCACUGUAAAGUCGAAGAACCAUUCUGCUGAACAAGAUUCAUUUUUGGAGAAACUUGGCCUUGUCAAUCAGGAACGAUAUGCAGAAAUGAGAUUCAAACAGCACGAUAGAAAGCGAAGAACACGAAACAUUCCAAGCUAUUUGCUUCUGUUUUCCACUGACAGUGACAAGUGUUAUGAAUCGCCACCUGAUUCUUCAGAUACCGAGGAUCUUGAUGUCAGUUUUGGAACCAAGCGCAAACGAGAUGGUCCAAGUAGCUGCAGUUUGCUACCCGUGAAGAAGAAACGGCGCAAAGAAAAACACCAGGAACCGAUUUCCAUGAGCUCCAAAAUUGUAACAUCGACAGAGGGGAUUGACAUUCACGAUUUCCACGAAAUUACUUGUUCCGUGUGCAGAGACGCUGGAAACUUACUCAUGUGUGACACAUGUGAUCGUGUGUACCACUUAUCGUGCCUUGAUCCCCCACUGUCAAAAGUACCACCAGGAACAUGGUUCUGUCCUAAAUGUUUGGAACGUUUAAAGGAUUUCAAAAGCCCAGAUAUUGAGGAGAUGAAACGUAAUAAAGAAUCAUUUAUAGAGUAUAAGCAAGAAAUCGAUAAAAAGCGACGUGACACGUUAAACGCGGCACUGGAAAUUCGUAGAAAACGGCAUAAUUUUGGGACGCAGAUUCGGCAGUUCACCGCGUCAAUAGCGAAUCAAGAGCAAGCAAGAAAAGCGUCACAAGAAAACAUCGAACAACUAAAAGUUUCUUUACUAAGAAUGAAAACUUUUUUGUCAUUGAUCAAAGUAAGUUGAUUUAUCUACCCUUCAAGAGCAACCAAUCAGGCCAACACAACAAUGACCAGGUUUGCUCAAGCAACCAGAGAGCGAUGACAUCUUCGUGGUCUGCUUAUUUAUACCGCGUAUCACAAUUUCGUUAUUAUAGGUCUGUUAAUUGCCACCCUCAUCAAGGUGUCAGGUAUUUGGUAUCAUUUUUUACUUGUUGCGUAAAACCUGUGUCGAUGUUAUGUUUGUAACUUUUAAUACUUGAAAACUGCAUUUAAAUACAUUAUUGUAAGAAUUUUUUUAAAGUUAUUGUGAAUGUAGUAAUUUCUUGGAGGAGUGACAAAAAUUAGGGAAAGAUUAGAAGAAAAACAUUUUAGUUGACAACUCUAUUUAGAUCGAAAGAAGAAAAUUAUAUUCUUUGAACUGCGCAUACUUUUUGAUAGAUGCGACUCCUUAAGGUCUAACUAAAAAUGAAGAUAUUUUGGUUUUGAGAUAAACGCCCAAAGCAUCAGUUAUAUAGCAGUAGAUAGAUUCAGUUAUAAUUAAGGUAGUAAAAUGUUUAUAUAUUAAAAAGCGCUUAAUCCAGUUUUCAAGUGGCUCAAGACACCCCUUUCAAUUGGCUUGCAAGUGCCAAAGUUUGGUGCAUGUCAUAUUUCAGACAGUCACGUACGCCUUUAUUGUAAGAAAACUAAAUUGAUAUAGGUACAAUUUUUCAGAAAUUUAGACUACAGUAAAGUGUAGCUUAAUUUAAUAUAAAGCAUGGCAAAUAUAAUCAUGAGUUAACAAAUACGCUGUUUCAGUUACUCCUGGAAAAAUCUAAAGGCCCUGUUACAUGGUUGGAAUUAUCCAUCAGAUAUUCAUCAGAUAUUAAUGAUAUGGGAUAUUCUAUUGUACAAUGUAACAUAUACUUUAUUUUUGUACAUAGUUGAAUCAUAGGUCUUAGUAUUUGAUGGAUAUGUAAUAAAACAGUGCGUCAAUUUAACGAGGUCUUAGCUGCGAAUUUCACAAUUGCAAACCAGGCAAGAUGGAAAUAGAUUGGAAAUCGCCUUUUGAAAGUACUUUUUGGAAUUCAUUUUGCAGACUAGGAUCAUUAUAACUGUAGCCUUGUGCAAAAUAUAUUAAAGCCUAGGUCUCAUGGAUAGACCUUCUUACGAUUACAGUGAAACCUUCACGUGACGGAUACCUCCACUGGACCUUAUUGAUGGAUUUCCGUUUUGUUGGGGUUGCUUCUACAAAUCUUUGACUGCAGGAUAACGAUUUUGGAAUGAAUUUAUUUGUGCGUUGUCUUGAGAUGUCUGUUUAAAAGGAAGGAGUUUAUUGUUGGGAGGUGUCUGCUGUUUUAAAGUGUCCAUUAUUCGAAUAUAAGCUUAUAAGCUCGUGUCUAUUACUUAAAGGAGUCCGCUAUUUUGACGUCUCCAUGACUGUGUCGUUAUUUUAACGUGUCCGUUAUUGGUAUGUGUCCGUUUUAGAUAGUGUCCGUUGCUGAAAAGUGCCCGCUAUUUUGACGUCUCCAUGACUAGAAUGUGUCGUUUUUUAACUUGUCCGUUAUUGGCAUGUGUCCGUUUUAGAUAGUGUCCGUUGCUGAAAAGUGUCAGCUAUUUUGACGUCUCCAUGACUAGAAUGUGUCUUUUUUUAACGUGUCCGUUAUUGGUAUGUGUCCGUUUUAGAUAGUGUCCGUUGUUGAAAGUGUCCGCUAUCUAGACGUCUCCAUGACUAGAAUGUGUCGUUUUUUAACGUGUCCGUUAUUGGUAUGUCUACGUUUUUGAUAGUGUCCGUUGUUGAAAAGUGUCCGCUAUUUUGACGAAUCCGUGACGGGAAUGUUUUGUUACAUGCCUUGUCCGUUUUUUGAAGGUUUCUGCUAUAGGAGGAUGUCCGUUAUUGCAAGUAUGUUUUCCGCUUUGUAAAGGUGUCCGUUUCUGGAAAGUGCACGUCAUUGAAAGAUUCACUGUUUAUCCUAGAUGUGGCAUUGUUCAAACUCUACUGUCACGGAUCUAAACACUCACGUUUCUAAAUAUUUAUUAUGUAGCAGCGUUCUUGACGCUUAAAUUGAUAUUCAGUUUCAAUUAAUGUGCAAAGAAUUAACGCUAGUAUUAGUCUGGUGUUGAGAAAUAGAUUUUACCUUGUUGUGUUUUUGCAAUUGUAUUUAAAAUUUUCAUUGAUUUCGCAAAAUUCCAAUAACAUUAUUCAAGUUCAAGCAACUUUGUUUUUCUGCGACGAAACAGAGCAAGUCUUUGUUGUAGAUUCUUGUUGCAAAAUGCUGUAUCAGUUAUAUUAGACAGCGAAUUUUGCAUAACAUUCUAGCAAACUGGGUAACCGAAGUUUUUAAAGUUUAAAUCAUAAGAGUAAAGGCCACUGAUCAUUUUAAGCUCUGGGAACAUUCUAGCAAAUGACCGGAAGUUGCGUUUCCGGAAGCAUGAAAAAUGCACGGUCAGCAAAAUUUCAAUUUUCAAACUUUUCAAAAUCUGGUGACACUAUCGGAAAGAACAUGCAAAACUGAGCAAAAGAUUUAAAAAGAGCAAUGUGAUCUGACCUAUAAGCAAAAAGUUUUUUUUGUUGAUUUCCAUUCGCUUUAACUGCAAUGUGGCAAAUUUGAUUUGCCUUCUUUGAAACCGAAGUAAGCUACUUGCCAGAACCCUGGCUUGUCGACCGAUGGCCUAAUCUAAAGUAUGCAGCCAUUAGGAACUUUCCCAUAUUUUAUGAUAUUGAUACAACAGAGAAG